AUGAAGGCCCAGGUCUGGUUUAUUGUCACCUGCUGCCUCUGUGGCCUGAGCGCAAUGGCAGGUGCAUCAGAAGCAGAAGAUCGUCUGAUGAAGAAACUGUUUUCUUCAUACUAUGUUAAAGUGCGUCCUGCAAGGAGCCCAGAGGAAAGGGUCGUCGUGAGGAUAGGCAUGACCCUCUCAUCAUUUGUCAGCCUGAACAUGAAAGAUGAGGAGAUGAACACUAUUGUUAUUAUGAACUUGGAGUGGAACGAUUAUCGCCUCUCCUGGAACCCGAAAGAUUAUGGGGGAAUUGAUGUGUUGCGUAUCCCGUCUGGAAAAGUGUGGCUUCCUGAUAUUGUUCUCAUCAAUAACAAUGAUGGCGUGUUUGGUGUAGCUCUACAGGUCCAUGUGCAGGCCUACAGUAACGGCCGUGUAACGUGGACGCCACCAGCACUUUACAAGAGUUCCUGCGGGGUGAAGGUGACAUACUUUCCUUUCGACUGGCAAAAUUGCACCAUGGUUUUCCGCUCGUAUACGUAUGAUUCCUCAGAAGUGGAUCUGCAGCAUGGCCUUGAUAAAAGAGGAAAUGAAAUCCGAGAGAUAGUCUACGACACAGGCUUUAGUGAGAGUGGAGAAUGGCAUAUUCGUCACAAGGAUUCUAGGAAGAAUGUGCGAGAGGACCUGUGUGAGGACAUCACCUUCUACCUGAUCAUCGAGAGGAAGCCCAUGUAUUACGUGUUUAACAUCAUCCUGCCCUGUAUCCUCAUCACCAUCAUUGCCAUUUUUAACUUCUACUUGCCACCUGAUGCAGGGGAGAAGAUGGGUCUUUCCAUCAACGUACUGCUGACUUUAACUGUCUUCCUGCUUCUGCUUGCCAACAAAGUCCCAGAAACAUCUCUGGGUGUUCCCAUUAUUGUCAACUACUUGAUGUUCACCAUGAUCCUGGUCACCUUUUCUGUCAUCCUCAGUGUUGUGGUGCUCAACCUUCACCAUCGCUCCCCCAACACACACCAAAUGCCCCUCUGGGUGCGCAAGAUCUUCAUCCACAUGUUGCCUCCAUACCUGGGGAUGCUGCGACCGAAACAGGAGACCCCUCUUUUUCUUGAGAAACCUGCCAAAAAGGAGAACACCCAAGCCAUCAGCAGAGUGGCCGAUGAGUACUUCAUCCGCAAGCCCAACAACACCAACUUCCUCUUCCCCAAACACCACAGGUAUCAGCCUAAUGGUCCGUGCACAGACCUGAGGAAGUUCAUUGACGGCCCCAGUCAUUACCUCACCCUUCCUCCAGAUCUCAAGGCAGCUGUGGAGGCCAUCACUUACAUCGCAGAGCAGCUGCAGGCAGAAAAAGAUUACGAGGCUUUAAAGGAGGACUGGCAGUAUGUUGCAAUGGUGGUUGAUCGACUCUUCCUCUGGAUCUUUGUGAUUUUUACCUCCCUUGGGACACUGGGCAUUUUUGCUGAUGCCAGCUUCAAUGCCACACCUACUGACCCCUUUCCCUAA